AUUCAUAUGUAGAAUAGUACACCCAACUUGGUUACUUAUUCUAGUUAAUUUUUUUUUUAUUGACAUAUCUUGAAAACCUAAAAACUCAAAGCUAGCUUAUUUCAUAUCAAUCAAUUCAUUACUAAAAAAGAAAGUAGUAUUAUCAAAUGGGUUCCCAACCACCUCUACCUACCAUAGAUUUCUCAAGCAUACACAAGCAUCACCAAGGAACCAUUGCCUGGGAUUCAUUGAAAACCCAAGUAUUCAAAGCCCUUCAAGAAUUCGGUUGUUUUGAAGCAUCUUUCAAUCAGAUUUCACUUGAUCUCCGAGAGUCCGUUUUUGCCUCAUUGAACCAACUAUUCUCUCUUCCAUUAGAAACCAAGUUAAGAAACAACCGCGAAAAGCCCUUUUAUGGCUACAUUGGUCCCUCCAAAGAUGUUCCACUAUUUGAGAGCUUGGGAAUUGACGACAUUCAAAGCUUCACUAAUCUCAUGUGGCCUCAUAAUGGCAACCAUGAAUUUUGUGAGAGCAUGAAAAAAUACAUAGAGAAGUUAUCAGAGUUGGAUGAGAUGGUAAGGAUGAUGGUUCUGGAGUGCUUGAAUCUGGAAAAAUAUAUCGAUGAACACAUGGAACUAACCAAAUAUCUUACAAGGGUUAUGAGAUAUAGAGUUCCUGACGAACACGAGUCCGAAUUGGGACUAAGAGAUCAUGCAGAUAAGAACAUAGUGACAAUCAUACAUCAAAAUGACGCCGGAGGACUAGAGGUACAGAACAAAGAAGGCGAAUGGAUUAGUGCGAAAACUUCUGCAAAUUGCUUUGUAGUUAUGGCCGGAGAAAGCUUCCAUGCAUGGACGAAUGGUCGAUUGCGUGCACCAGUUCAUAGAGUGGUGAUGAAGGGAGACCAAACCAGAUUUUCAAUCGGUUUGUUUUCAGUUGGAAAAUCAGGGAAAUUCAUAAAAGCUCCAAAAGAAAUGGUGAAUGAGGACUACCCGUUACUCUUCAAGCCUUUUGAUUAUGAAGAGUUUCUUAAAUUCUUCGUAUUGGAAGAAAAUAUCGGCAAUAAGUUGGCAUUAAAAAAGUAUUGUGGUGUCUCACAGUAAAAAUCUGACACGGUACGUGACAAGAAGUCUAUAUACUUGUCAAACUCCAUAGCAUAAAAUAGCAUUUUUGAUAUUGCAUCUGUGUUCUUAACUUCUUAUCAUAGCAUGAUGUGUAAAUUUUGAAGGAAAAAAAUGUAAUAAGAUGGAUCAAUCAUAUCUUCACGUGCAUUAAUGAAGAACUUUAAAAUGCUUUAGAUA